AUGCCUCCUUAUGCAGCUUUAUAUGGGAGAAAAUGUAGAACGCCUCUUUGUUGGAACGAGAUUGGUGAAAGAAAAUUUGUGGGCCCUGAGAUUGUGCAACAAACUGAAGAUAAGGUAAAAAUCAUCAAGGAUCGUUUGAAAAUUUCUUCAGACAGACAAAAGUCCUAUGCUAAUCUUAAAAGGCGUGAAAUUGAGCAUCAGGUGGGCGAUAAGGUAUUUUUAAAGGUUUCUCCAUUGAAGAAGAUUAUGAGAUUUGGCAAAAAGGGUAAACUUAGUCCUCGAUUCAUUGGACCUUAUGAAAUACUUGAGAGAAUUGGUCCGGUUGCAUAUAAGAUAGCUUUGCCACCUGAAUUAGGUAAGAUCCACAACGUCUUUCAUGUUUCUGUGCUUCGAAAAUACCGCUCAGAUCCAUCUCAUGUUCUUCCUAUUGAGUCUAUUGAGGUUAGUCCUGAUUUGACAUAUGAAGAAGAACCAAUCCAAAUCUUAGCGCAUGAGAUAAAAGAGCUUAGAAAGAAGAGAAUCCCAUUAGUGAAGGUUCUUUGGAGAAAUCAUUCAGGCGAAGAAGCUGCAUGGGAGCGAGAAGAGGAUAUGCGAGUUCAAUAUCCACAUUUGUUUCGGGACUAG